AGCAUGCACCACCGGAACGACUCCCAGCGGCUGGGGAAGGCUGGCUGUCCGCCAGAGCCGUCGUUGCAAAUGGCAAAUACUAAUUUCCUCUCCACCUUAUCCCCCGAACACUGCAGACCUUUGGCGGGGGAAUGCAUGAACAAGCUCAAAUGCGGCGCUGCUGAAGCAGAGAUAAUGAAUCUCCCCGAGCGGGUGGGGACUUUUUCCGCUAUCCCGGCUUUAGGGGGCAUCUCAUUACCUCCAGGGGUCAUCGUCAUGACAGCCCUUCACUCCCCCGCAGCAGCCUCAGCAGCCGUCACAGACAGUGCGUUUCAAAUUGCCAAUCUGGCAGACUGCCCGCAGAAUCAUUCCUCCUCCUCCUCGUCCUCCUCGGGGGGAGGUGGCGGAGCCAACCCGGCCAAGAAGAAGAGGAAAAGGUGUGGGGUCUGCGUGCCCUGCAAGAGGCUCAUCAACUGUGGCGUCUGCAGCAGUUGCAGGAACCGCAAAACGGGACACCAGAUCUGCAAAUUUAGAAAAUGUGAAGAGCUAAAGAAAAAACCUGGCACUUCGCUAGAGAGAACACCUGUUCCCAGCGCUGAAGCAUUCCGGUGGUUCUUUUAAAGCAGUAGUGUAUCUUAUUUUCAAGGCAUUUUGGAAACGAAGGGCAAACUAAUGUCUUGUUUUAAGAAACCACUUAGUCCACCAUUGAAGAAAAUAUCCAGAAAUUAUUUUCAUUUUAUGUAUAGGGGUUUCUUCAAAAAACAAGAGGAAAAGAAAAGAAAAAAAAAGACAUAAAAUUAACAGGGAAGCUUUGGAAAUUGGCCAGUUUAUUUACUUUCAAUACACUGAUUCUUCCUUUGAUGUAAUUCAGCUAUACUAGUGAAGUUGUUGUCUAUUUUGAAAGUGGCUGUAAAAAGAAAAAAAUAAGUUUGGGUAACCCCCGACUGUAAAAUCAUGUAUCUUUGCAAAGUACAUAUCUAUACUUCAUUUUCAAAUAUAUGUGAUUCAGUACUGUAAACUGUACAGAUAGCAGCUUGUAUUUUGUGUGUUUAGACACAAGGAGACAAUCAUGUCUGAGCAUCUCUGGAGAUUAACAGUUUGUACACAACAAUAUGGUUCUGCAAGUUAAAUCUGGAGCAAUAAAUUUUAGCUUUAAAUAUUUUUGCCAGUGGUUUGUAGAAGCAGCGGCAACACUGGUGGUAAUUCCUGCAUCUUUCUGUAGAGACUCGGUGGCCGGUUUUACAAGACUAAGAGAUAACGCUGCAUCCAGCAGUUACCUUCAAAUGUGUCAAUGUAAGAGGGGAAGCUACUGUGAAGGUUUCAAUGGAUCUUUUGAGCACUAUAUUAGAGUAGUGGUUAUGCACUUGCGUUGCUUACAAACGAGCUGUACAGAGGGUAUACCUCCAAAUACUUAGUGUAGUUGACUUGUUUGGGUUGCACUGUAAGGGGAGUACUCAGAAUAGUUGGGAAUUGCAGAAUCAGUUGUAUAAAUUUUUUUAAUUAAAAAAUUGUUUCCUAGGCUGAAGUUAUCAGAUCAUAGAAAGAGACAGUCAUGCCUGACAAUUUUUUUUUCCUAGCCACACACAGUCUGUCCAAGCUUUUUGGCUAUUUGUUUAUUCAUUUGCUUUGGGGAGAGGUAGGAAAGAUAAAAACAGAAGAGUCUUCAAAUGUUUUAAUUCCAUGUAUGACAUUGAAUGGGCAGGUUGAAAACAAUCCUUGAAUGCAUCAAAGCUUACUUUAAGGCAUGGCUGGGCAUAGUUUCAAGUUAAAAAUAAUUAAAGACAUCCAUUAAAGUGAGGUGGUUUUUUUUGUUUCUUUACUUUCCUUUCCAUAGCCUCUCAGUUGGACGAGUGUUCUUCCCCUGGCCUCUCAGAGGAACACCCACUGCUUCCAUUCCCAUUCUUAUCCCAGGAUGCUUUCUUUCCAUAAAGCAAGGCCACAGUGAGAGGAAUUUCAUAAAAGACGAGACAGCUGACCCCCAGGAUGCUUAGAACCCAGGAGCCUCGUCCCGUAAGAUUGGGUUUUCCUAGGACAGUUGUAUUUCUUAAAGGAUGCCUAUCCCAUUAAAACAAAUACUUUAAUUUUUUUCUUAAAAUUAGACUGUAAGGGUCAGUUUCAGGAAUAAAACAUGGUUUAGUAAAAACACAUGGAAUAGCAGAGUUGCCAUGUACUCAUAUCUUUGUUUUAUCUGCCUGUCAAAGCAGUGAGUGAGAAGAAAGACAACAGAAAAAGGGUGGUGGUAGAGCAGUGAGGACUUCAAAGUGUAACGUGCUCCAAAAUCUUUUAGUUUUGAAUAGGAAAUAAGAUUACAGUUUUUUUCUAAGGGCGGGUCAAGUACAGUGUCACCGGGGCACCUUGAUGAGAGCAGAGUGAGUUUCUAUGAUGCCAGUGCGGGAUACCAGUGGGAUGAAUGUGCCUAGCUAGCAUACCAACGCCUAGUCUGCAGUAUGGUCAAGCAGUCUCUGUGAGGAAAAUGCAUUAUGUAUUACACCCGCCUGUGUUUAGAGAAAGGAAUGAAAUCAUCAGAAGCUAAAAUGGGCUGUAUAUUACUUUUGAGAUAGCUUUCUACUCCAUGUGUAUUCCUUAGAGGGUUGGUGGUUAUCAUUUCUGCUUCUGCUGGAGGACCAAUGAGUGCUGUAUGAGUUCUUCAUUGUCCCAUUGUUUCUUUUCUUCUCUCUCUCCCUCUGUCUUUACAAUUUUUAUUUUACUUUAUUAUUUUUGCCAAUGUGUUACCUAUGGGUAUGUGGAAACUUAUUUUCACACUUGAAUGGGAAGCUUCCCUUGCAUUUGUAAAAAUGAUUACAAAUGAAACAAAGUUCUUUUCAAACUGUAUUAGGCACACAAUAGGGACGUCAUAGCAACAUACGGACAGUCAAAAACUCAAGGUGGUAUUGCAUGUCUUGAUGUAUUCUGUUUUUUUAGACUUUUGUGUUUUGUUUUUUUAAGACAGUGAAUAUGUGUAUUGUAAAUGUGUGUUUCAUAUGGCAGUUCAUUUAUUUUUAAUGAAAAGAAUGUGUUACUAUAAUGAGCAGUGUGGCCUUUUUCUUUAAUUCUUACAUUUUGUUAUUUACGGUAAUUUCUUUUGUGCCACAUACUUUAUAUUUUCCCUUAAAAUCAUUUUACAAAAUAUAGGGUACAUAUACAGUUCUCACUGGUUAUGGUAAAGAAAUUAUCCUAGAUUCCCUCUAGUUUUCUUUCUCAAGUGUUGGUGCAUAGACAACUUGUAGCCUUAGGGCAGUGAGUUAACGGUGUGCAUUUUCCUUAUUCCAAAAUAUCAGUGAAACAUAACCUUUAACAGUUGCUCACUCUGUGUUUCAUUCUUCAUAUCAAGGAAAGUUAGAAAUUAGCCAUCAGAUUGUAGGUUGUAUAUAUGCAACUUAAAAAUUACACCUCAGAUAUUGCUAAGGUUAUUAGAAAAAUUCACACACACACAAGAGUUCAGUCAUCAGUGGAUGUCUUGUCCUGGCGACAUUUGAGAGAAGCACAGGAGAAUAUAUGGGCUAUUGACACCUGCAGUACUAAGUAAAUGUUCCUCUUAGUAGCCCUCAGCACUCUGGUAAUACCACAAUGCAGAGCUGCCUUCUCUGACCUUCAGACUAAGGUGAGUUUCUUUCUAGUGGCCUCCAUCUGUCCUCAUACAAGCAGAAGCAUGUUCACAAAGCAGUAGUGAAUCCAUCCCUUGGACACAAAUAGAAUCAUCGUCCCCCUAAGAUAUGCAGAUAUAAGAAGUCUCCUGGUUGCUUAACCCCCAACUUUCAGUUUCCUUCUGAGCAAUCCAAGGGAGUGGAAGACGAUGGGCUUGCUAUGACUUAAUAUUAAGUAAUCACUAAAAGAAAGAAAUGUUCCAUCCCUUGUCAGAAACCCUGGCAUGGACGUUGUUCAAUUAGUGCUAUAGCAUAUAAAGCCUUGAAGCUGAUAGUAUCAGUAAUCAAAGAAUGAAAAGAGGGGCACAGUUAAAUGAAUGCAUGAUUCAGGGUCAAAUAUGUUGAGCAGAAAGCUGUAGUGGGUCUUUGAUCAUGGUGAGAUUCACAGCAAUAGCAAACAGUUGGUUCCCACGAAGCAGCUAAACGUUUCAGAUUUUGUUUUUAUUCCAUUUGGCGUUUCACACUGAGAUCUGUAUUCCUAGUGAAUGAAGCACAGCUACUGUGUUCCGAGGGAUUCCAUUUCAUGAUGGCCAAAUAGAUAUUUCAGGAUGUGGGUCUCAAAGUGUACUCCUUUACUGGUGUCCUCCCGUUCCGAACUGUGCAGUUAUCGGUUACAUUUUCUAAUAGAUAUUUGUGUAAAGGUGUAUGUAAGCGUGUGCAGUUAUUUAAAAAAGCAGUUUUGGAAAACAGUGUAUUUAUUGAAGAAAAAAAUCACUUAUGGGGCAUGUACAAAACUGUAAAAAAAAUUAAAAAUCACUUCAAUUUUCCCAGUAAAGUUGUUUUUGUGAAAUUUCUGUGUUGUUAA